CCCUAAUUAAACCCUAGUGACUUUUGUCUUUGUUAGGGAGCUGGAGGGUGGAGUUGAGUAGUGAGCGAGCGAGUUCCUGGCUGUGCGGAGGGUGGAACUGGUUUAUCUGUACAGAGCCAGGGGUGUUUCCCAGGCCGGCUCAGCAGAAGGUCAGUCGGAUUUUACAGCAGGAGUAGGGUGAGUGCCUGAGAGUGCUGGCCCCCACGUCACUUGUGGAGGUGAAGCCCAAGCCGCAAGGUGUGAAUGAGCAACUCCCAUGUACAAGAGAGCCUGGUCUCCUGGGUGGCAUGAGACUGUCCCCAGCCAUCCUCUGGGACACCCUACAUCUCUGCCCUGCAAGCCAAGUCACUUGCCCUGUCCUGAUCUGGCCUUUGUUACAACGGAGGCAGCACAGUCCAGGCAUACGUGAUGGAGGCCGAGUGAGUCGGGGGGUCAGAGUGGUGCACGCUGUCGCUGACCGAGUCCUGCCUCGGUACUUUCUAUCAGGUGUGGGGCUGCCUGGAGACCCCAGGGUCCUACUGCCACCAACGCUUACGGGAUCGGUGCCCCCAGCGAGGAGUUGGAAGCCGUGAUGUCUCAAGCAGAAGGUGAAAACAAAGUGGAGGAUUUUGAAUGUUGUCAUGUUACCAUAAACAACAAGGAGGAUGUUUCUGACUUCUACUUGCAGCUCGAAAAGCUUGGAGCUGGAAAGUUUGGAAUGGUUUACAAGCUUCAGGAGAAGGCCACUGGGAAGAUCUGGGCAGGGAAGUACUUCCGAACACGGACGACCAAGGAGAAGCAGGCGGCCUGCAAGGAGGUGGAGCUGAUGAACCUGCUACAUCACCCCAGACUGGUGCAGUGCCUCGCAGCCUUCCAGAGCCGGGCUGAGCUGGUGAUGGUGAUGGAAUACAUCGCGGGUGGGGAGCUGUUUGAAAGGAUCUUGGAUGAUGACUUUGAGCACACAGAGCCCACCAGUGUCCAGUACAUGAGGCAGAUCCUGGAGGGGAUCCAAUAUGUCCACCAUCAGAGCAUCGUCCACCUGGACCUCAAACCUGAGAACAUCGUGUGCGUUGGCAGGAGCAGCCAUUGGGUCAAAAUCAUUGAUUUUGGCCUGGCACGGAAACUGGAUCCAAACAGUCCUGUCAAGGUGCUACAUGGGACCCCAGAGUUCAUGGCCCCAGAAGUGGUUUCCUUUGAGUCUGUGGGAUUCACUACAGACAUGUGGAGCAUUGGCGUGAUCUGCUACAUCCUGCUGAGUGGGGACUCCCCCUUCCAGGGGAGCAGUGACAUGGAGACGCUGAACAACAUCACAGCUGCCCAGUGGGAGUUUGAUGAGGAGACCUUCUCAGAGAUCUCUGAACAGGCCAAGGAGUUUAUCAGCCAGCUGCUGCAGAAAGAUAGCCACUGCCGCCUCUCCAGCGACAAGGCCCUGGCACACCCCUGGCUGAAGCAAAUAGCACCGAGUGCCACAAAGACACUGUCCAAGGAGAGGAUGAAGCAGUUCCUGGCCCGCCAGAAGUGGCAGAAAACAGGCAAAGCUGUGCUGGCAUUGAAGAGACUCUCCCUGCUGUCCCACAGGCUGGAUUGCAAAGUGACUGACCCUGAUGCCCAGGACAAAGGAGAGCUGGACCACAGCCAAGAGAAAGGGGAGGUCUUUGCCUUCCAGAAGCCACAGGUCAAACAGGAGCCCCACUUCUUGGAGUCGCUGCAGGACCUGGUGGAGGUGGAAGGCAGCAGUGCCUGCCUCCGGUGUCACAUUGAAAGUUUCCCUGACCCAGAAGUGACAUGGCUGCGGGGUGAUGUUCCUAUCCAGGAGUCCCCUCAUCUGUAUGUUGCAUAUGAGGAGAACGGGAGCUGCUCCCUAACCAUCUUGGAGCUCACUGUGGAGGAUGCGGGACAGUACGUGUGCAGGGCUGUCAAUGAUGUGGGGGAGGCAGAAUGCAGUGCCAGGCUGACUGUGUGCCCCCAGCAGAAAGUCACAUAUGUGUAGAGCGAGCGAUGGUGGAGGAGGAGAACUGUUUGGGAGCAGCCGACUAAGGGGAUCAUUCUCUUGCAUCUGUCCGUUGUGGCCCACAGGGGACACUGUGCUUCCCAUUAGGCUCCGUCCCUUCUCAGUCUUGAUUUCAUGGCAUUGCUGAUAGUGGGGUGUGGAAGUGGCUGCCCUCUGCUUCCUGCUGUGCCAGGAUGCAGGAGGACAGAUAGGGGGGCCUGACCCUGCACCCCUGAAACCAGCAAAGCCUCUGCUCUGCCCAUUUCAUGGUGCCUGGAUUGAGCCCAAAGUGCCUAAGCCAAACUGCUACCUGCUGCCCACUCUCCUCUCAUGCCUCAGCUGCAAAGUAGGAGGGAUGAGCAAAUGCGCCUCUCUUCUGCAUCCACUCCCCAUGUACCAAGGCAAGAGGGAGGGCUGUGGUGUAGGACCCACCCCAGUGGUAGUAACAGCCCUGUCUGUACCAACUUACAUGCCAAUAUCCUGUCUCUGGACAGCACAUGUAUUGUGACAUCAAUAAAGUACUGCAUGGUGUUCUUCCUUGGAA